UAUUUCAAUCAAAAGACCAAGGAUUCAAAACCUUUCUCAUGUUCUGAAUGUGGAAAAUGUUUUAUUCGGCACGAGCAUCUUGUUAGACAUCAGAGAACUCACACAGGAGAGAAUCCUUUCUCAUGUUCUGAAUGUGGAAAAUGUUUUGCCUACAAUGCAGAGCUUGUUCGUCAUCAGAGAACUCACACAGGAGAGAAACCUUUCUCAUGUUCUGAAUGUGGAAAAUGUUUUAACCGUCACCCAGGUCUUGUUGCACAUCAGAGAAUUCACACAGGAGAGAAUCCUUUCUCAUGUUCUGAAUGUGGAAAAUGUUUUAACCAUCCCUCAAAUCUUCUUACACAUCAGAGAAUUCACACAGGAGAGAAACCUUUCUCGUGUUCUGAAUGUGGAAAAUGUUUUAACCAGCACUCAACUCUUGUUGUACAUCACAGAACUCACACAGGAGAGAAACCUUUCUCAUGUUCUGAAUGUGGAAAAUGUUUUAACAAUCACUCAGGUCUUCUUUCACAUCAGAGAACUCACACAGGAGAGAAACCUUUCACAUGUUCUGAAUGUGGAAAAUGUUUUAACAAUCACUCAGGUCUUCUUUCACAUCAGAGAACUCACACAGGAGAGAAACCUUUCUCAUGUUCUGAAUGUGGAAAAUGUUUUAACCGUCACUCAGGUCUUGUUGCACAUCAGAGAACUCACACAGGAGAGAAACCGUUCUCAUGUUCUGAAUGUGGAAAAUGUUUUAACCUUCACUCAAAUCUUCUUCGACAUCAGAGAAUUCACACAGGAGAGCAUCCUUUUUCGUGUUCUGAAUGUGGAAAAUGUUUUGACUAUCAUUCAUAUCUUCUUUCACAUCAGAGAAUUCACACAAGAGAGAAACCUUUCAUGUGUUCUGAAUGUGGAAAAUGUUUUAACCAUCACUCAGGUCUUGUUGUACAUCACAGAACUCACACAGGAGAGAAACCUUUCUCGUGUUCUGAAUGUGGAAAAUGUUUUGCCCGUCACUCAAAUCUUGUUGUACAUCAGAGAAUUCACAGAGGAGAGAAACUUUUCUCGUGUUCUGAAUGUGGAAAAUGUUUUAACCGUCACUCAGAUCUUGUUAAACAUAAGAGAACUCACACAGGAGAGAAACCUUUCUCAUGUUCUGAAUGUGGAAAAUGUUAUAAAUAUCCAUCAAAUCUUGUUACACAUAAGAGAACUCACACAGGAGAGAAACCUUUCUCAUGUUCUGAAUGUGGAAAAUGUUUUAACCGUCACUCAGGUCUUGUUGCACAUCAGAGAACUCACACAGGAGAGAAUCCUUUCUCAUGUUCUGAAUGUGGAAAAUGUUUUAACCAGCACUCAAAUCUUCUUACACAUCAGAGAAUUCACACAGGAGAGAAACCUUUCUCGUGUUCUGAAUGUGGAAAAUGUUUUAACCAGCACUCAACUCUUGUUGUACAUCACAGAACUCACACAGGAGAGAAACCUUUCUCGUGUUCUGAAUGUGGAAAAUGUUUUAAACAUCACUCAAGUAUUCUUGGACAUCAGAGAACUCACAGGAGAGAAAUCUUUCUCAUGUCCUGAAUAUGGGAAAUGUUUUGUCAGUAAACCAGAUUUUGUUAGAGAUCAAAUAAUCCACACAGGAAAGAAAUCUCUAAGAUUUUAUGAUACAUAUAUGG